AGGAAAUGCUGCAUUUUGAAACCUACCAAACUGAGCUCUGGAACAAUUGUUAGUUUCCAGAGGUUCAACCUGGAUGAGAAGGAAGAUUUUCAUUUGGUGCUUCAGUGAGAUGACGGUGUUGGAAUGAGCCAGGGACAAUGGGAUCUCGGAUCAAGGAAAAUCCACAAAAAAUAUUUGAUCUGUUCUUUGAAGUUGCUCGUCCAUCACUUGCAGAUGGUGAUCCUCAAGUGCGUAGACAAUUCCCACUGGACUUUGAUGACCAGGAAUCAAUCCAGAUGCUACCCAAGUUUUGCUUCCCUCUUGAUAUAGAGAGGGCUAAGGAAUGCCCCACAGUCCAGCACUUCACUUUCGCCCUCACCGACAUGGAGGGGAAACAGCACUUUGGCUUCUGUCGACUGGCCAUCGGCUUCCGAGCCUGCCUGUGUCUACUCAGUUACUUACCUUGGUUUGAAGUUUUCUACAAGAUCCUGAACUACAUUGCAGAAAACCUAGCCAAAGAGCAGUUCACAGAGCUGGACGAGUUCUUAUCUGCACUGUAUUUGUACCCCGUGCCCAGCCUCUGCAGCCCCAUCACCCUUGAAUUUGACUCAAAAGCAACUAAAUUGAAAAUUUCUACUGAGACAGAUCUGAACAGGCAAAAGAGAAAUAGAGAUUUGGAUACUGGAACAGCAUUGGCUUAUUUCAUUGCCCCUGAUCCUGGCAAACUGCCCACCAUCCCUGACAAUAGAAAUCUGACCGAGUUUGUUGUGGCAGUGGAUGCGAAUAACAUGCUGCACCUCUACGCAAGCCUCCUCCAUGAGCGUCGGAUCCUGCUCACCAGCAGCAAGCUCAGCACGCUGACAGCCUGUGUCCAGGCCUCCUCCUCUCUGUUGUAUCCCAUGUACUGGCAGCACAUCUUUAUCCCUGCACUGCCUCCACACCUCCUUGACUACUGCUGUGCCCCCAUGCCCUAUCUCAUUGGAGUCCACACAAGCCUCAUGGAGAGUGUGAGGAGCAAAGCUCUGGAAGACGUCGUCAUUCUCAGCAUUGAUAACAAUACAAUAGAAUCACCCUUCCAAGACCUGGAAAAUCUCCCAAGUGAUGUUGUCUCCCUGCUGAAGUUCCAGCUGAAAAAACAAUCUGCAACCACUGGGGAUGGAGUGGCCCGAGCCUUCCUCAGGGCCCAAGCACUUCUCUUUGGCAGCUAUCGUGAGGGACUCCUUUGCAGUCUGGAAAAGCACAUUUCCUUUUCCCAGGAGAACUUCCUACAGCAGGGAUCCGGUGCCAUGCAGGACUUCCUCCAGCAGGCCGUCCAUCUGCAGCUGUUCAAGGAGUUCAUCAAUGACCGUCUGGAUAAGCUAAAUGCAGAUGAGGACUUCUCUGACUUCUUUGAGCAGGAGAUUGACAGCAGCUUGUCCCCAGGUAGUAUGCACUCUUAUCAGCUGUGGGUGGAGAGCCUCAAGAAAAGUGGAGGAGCCCUGAUUAGUACUAUGAAGAAUAAGGCCAAUCCAGCUGUCAAGAAUGCAUACCAAUAUGUCAAACAUAACCCUGAUGCGGGCCUCGAUGAAAUCGAGUUUGACACCCCUGCUCUAUAAGGUGCUGUUUUUUUCUAGGAUUCCACUUUACGCCAGCCCAGGGAGCAAGAACAGCCCCUGAAUGACUGUCAGAUCUCCAGUCCCAUCCUGCCUACCAGAAACAAACAAUCUGAGAACCUUCAAAGGCGACUGCCCAUCACCCAGCACUUUGGGAAGUCUCGCCCGAGGCGACCACAAAGAACAAACAGUGAGACGGAACUGGAGACUCAAAGGAAUGUUUCAACUCCCUUCAAAUCACCUUCCCCAGACUCCUCUGUGGAACCUGGGGAAAUGCAUUCUCUCAAUGCAGAGAAAUUUGACCUCUUAGGUGAAAUUUUUGAGACACUAAACUUGCUGGAGUCAAGCCAAGCUCAACAGCCUCUCUAUGGGACCCGCAGCUUGGAUUUCAGUAACCUAGAAGAGGAUAACUUCUAUACUAAGCGGAGGCCCAGUAGAGAGGCCCUUUACGAAGCCCUAUCUGAGGAACAGGAUGAUGCUGAUGAUUCUCUGUCCGAGGACAGAAUGUUCCUGGGCUACGUGGAUGAAGAGGACAUGUCAAGCACUUUGCCGUUGUCUGCCAGAGCUGCAAGCAGAAGUAAUGAAGUGUUGGUCCACAGCUCCCCUGAGCUGCAAGUUUGUCCUGGUCUGGACACCCCAACUCUUUCCUUCCAGGAGGCUAGCAGAGAGUCAUCAGAAGCGCCAUUGACCCAGAAGGCAGAUCUUGAAACUGCCUUUCCUAGUCCACUUACACCAGAGAGCCACACCGCUACCAAGUUGCAACAGGAAUGUAGGACUGACCACCAGACCCUUGAACCUGCAAUCAACGAGAACCUGAAGGUUGAGUCAUCAGUUGCUAGUAGUUCCACCAUCCAAACACCUGCAGAUUUUUUACAAACAAAAGCCAAUGACUCUGUGGCAAAGAAGAACAUCCUAAGCAGGGCCACCAGCUUACCGCCUCAGUUAGUUUCUAGGCAGUUGAUGCAGCCUAAAGUGCUGGAGCUGAGGAAAAGAUUUGAGUCCUGAAAGAGCAUCCCGAACAUAGACUGAAUGUUUAAGAGAAAAGAAUCUCCUGUGUUUGAGUCACAAUUACUCUUUAAACCUGGAGGCCUUUCAAGAGGGGGCAGCAGUGUAGAAGUGCUUCAUCUGUCCAGGCACAUAAAAAUACUGCAAGAAGCAGAAGUGUGGGGGGCGGGGGGCGGGAUCUAUCGAUAGCACAAAGGAAAAAGAGCACUUAGUUCAUGUACAGCCAACUGGCAGGACUUCAUUCCUAGAAGCUGCAUUUCAAUAAAUGAAUUUGUUGAGCUGGGCAGACCUCCUUUCCUCCUUUCAGGGUGGAAGACUGCUUCCCAUGUCAACCUUUAUCAAGCAGCAGCAUAUCAGGAAAAGUAGUUUGGCAUGGUGGUGGCAUG